UUUUUUUCCCCUCUCCAUUGCUUUAGCACCUACAGCACCUAUGACCAGGAACCCUACCCCUGCAGGCACCAGGCAGGCCUGGAUGAGAAAAGAUCAGAUUCCCGCUCAGAAGCAAUUUGUCUUUGAAAAGCCGUCUGAGGUGGAACGCAAAGUUCCUGAAGCGGGUGUGAUAGACAAACCUGGUGUGUAUGAGCUGAGUACAUUGCCAACAGGCGUUUCUAGGAUUCAUUUGAUUCCUGGCUUUAUUGACUCAGAACAAGCAGACUGGAUGUUUGAACAACUCCUCCAAGACAUACCCUGGGGUCAGAGGACUCACAUCAGGCAGGAGGUAUCCUUUGAGGAGCCAAGACUUACCUCCUGGUAUGGGGAACUUCCUUACACAUACUCCAGGUUGACAAUGCAGCCAAACCCUCACUGGCAUCCUCUGCUGACUAUGUUAAAGGAACGCAUUGAAGAUUUCACCGGCUAUACCUUCAACUCUCUGCUCUGCAACCUCUACCGAAAUGAGAAGGAUAGCGUUGACUGGCACAGUGAUGAUGAACCAGCACUGGGAAAAAAUCCUAUCAUUGCCUCGCUCAGCUUUGGUGCUACCCGGACUUUUGAGAUGAGGAAGAAACCCUCUCCUGAAGAGAAUGGAGACUAUACUUACGUAGAAAGACUACGAAUCCCCCUUGAUCAUGGGACUCUACUGAUGAUGGAAGGAGCUACCCAGGCAGAUUGGCAGCAUCGAGUACCUAAGGAGUAUCAUUCCAGGGAUGCGCGGAUAAACCUGACAUUCAGGAUCAUUUAUCCAGAAUCUGAGGGAAUUUGAAGUUGAAGAGGGCCUAUUUUGUGCACUGUUGGAUAUAAACCCGCAACUGAUCCAGAGCCUCAGAUUUGCUACAAAUUCAAAGGAAGCCUUACAGAAACAGAGUUCUGCCAAAUAUCUGAUGGAGAAAAGAAUGGAUGUCAUGAAGAUCUUUGACAAUCAGAAGCUUACUGUGUUGUAUGGACAGUGGUGUUUUGCCUUCAGAAAUGAUAUGGUAUUAGAUGAUGGUAAAUCACGGACUUCAAUUUUGAGAAUGAGUAAUGAUCAAUCUUGCAAGAACACAAAAUACCUGAAACUACAGAAACACCUGAAAUUAAAGAUCUGAGAGAUACCAACUGGAGCAGAAAGA